AUGGCCUGUGAGGUGAGCGCCAGUACAGGUUGCGAAGCUUAUCACGCCAGAACACGAUAUGGAUUGCUAUCCGCGGAUGCUGAAUACCAUGGGUCGUUGUUAGCAAUUCUGACAAUAGUACUCGUGGGUGUUUCAUUGUUGGUGGUUUUAGUGCGAGGUAUAGCACGAUAUCGAAUCAGUAAGCUUGUUGAAGCCGCUGAUAUCCUACUGCCUUUGGCUCUGGUCUUUGCCCUCCUGCAAAGUGCUUGUGUGCGAGUAGCUCUAUCGAGUGGCCUGGGCAGCCAUCUCGACUCCUUAACAGCGGAUCAGAUAUCAUUAUAUGAAAAGCUGAUCUAUGCUGGAAAUCUCCUGUUUCAAGCCGUACUUUCUUUGACGCAAGUCAUUGUGGUCCUGCUCAUAAAACAUGUCGAACCGCAGCGACCUGUUCGAAUUGGCUGCAACUGCCUCCUCGGCCUUAUUGCAGUGUAUUCUGCCCUCGCCCUCUCAGUUCUUGCGUUUCAAUGUACCCUUCCCACUCCGUGGGUAGUUGCCACGAACAGAUGCGUGGACCGCGAAACCUUCCUAACCGCCUUCAUCGUCGCUAGCAUUGCCAUCGACGGUAUCACCCUCAUUCUCCUCAUCAUCAUGAUGUGUAAAGUGUCCACAUCCCGAGAUAAAAAGAUAUUUGUCUGCGCUCUCUUCGGCACGCGGCUGGCUUUGCCGAUAGUGACUGUACCACAAAUAUACCAUCUUCAGGCAGUGAUUGUAUCAAAGGACCCGACAUGGGAUUUGAUCUCCUUCCAGACAUGGGUACAAAUCGUCAUGAAUCUGGGCGUCAUUACCGCGUGUCUACCCUCUCUGGGACAUGUGAUGUGGGAAAUGUGGACAUUCGGGACAACCUUGAGAUCAAGUUGGUCCGGUCAAAGUGGCAAGUCAAAAGAUUUUGGCCACGAACUUGAAAUCGAGCAUGCUCCCCCAGUAUACCAGGAAAAGCCUCACCACAUCGAUUCGCCCGGGCCAGCGUUCUAUGGCGAUGAGAAAGAGGACUGGACCGAGCACAUUCUGUCCAGGGUGUACUCCAUCGGCAGAUCCGAUUCGACCCAAGCGGUUGUCGGUGAGCACAAUGUUCGUCAGCACAGCUUUGGUGGGCACAGGGAGCUUCCAGAGGUGCAACUUCCACGAACCGCACACCCCGCAUAUCCUCCUCCAAGACGACAACUCCAUGGUUAUCGUCUUCCAGACGUUUUGUCUCCCGUUAUUGAACGGUCUCCAUAUAUCGAAGGGAUGACACCACAGAUGCCCGGUCAGCACUGGAACCCAAACUACGACCGGCCGCCAUACCCACAUAUGCAACCCGAGCGGACAGGACCACCGUCUUAUGCAGCAAGUUCCCUUUACGACGAAGACCCGUCAGAGAUCGAUUUCUCCGAGAUUGAUAUUGACAGCUAUUAUCUCGGGAACACUCAGACGCGGCCGACUCGGAGCGAGAUCGCGUUGCAGAGCAUGAUUGAUGAUUUGCAAAAGGAAAAUUCCACGGUUGAUCCCGCAAAGAGAUGGGAACAUGGCUGGAUUUGA